GAAAACGUCAGCAAGAGGUGAGUUCUCUCGUCAACUCUCCAGACUGUUUCCGCUGUUUGCGGAUCAGUUGGCUUAUCAAUCCGAUCGCAGACUUAAAGCUGUUCUCAAGAAGUUUUCCCCCAAGAUGGAUUCCGUGUUGUCACAUCAACGCUCUGGUCCUGAACCAAAGCACGAGGAGCUCCAGCAACAUGUGCUCUUCUUCAGAAAACUGGGCUACUCCACACCCCAGGUGAAAGCGGCUCUGAGUAAACUGGGCCUAAACCCUGACACCAACUCUGUCUUGGGGGAACUGGUCCAGACCAGCACGCCUCAUAUAUCCCGUGGGAGCUUCAGUAAGAGGAGCUCAGUUCGUUCUGAUGAAGCACCCCACCCCAACCCGCUGACACCCUCAAAACAUCUUGGGGAUAGCAAGAUGGAGGAUUCGGAUCUGAGGCCAAUUGUUAUAGAUGGCAGCAAUGUUGCCAUGAGUCACGGAAACAAGGAAGUGUUUUCCUGCCGAGGCAUCCAACUUGCCACCAACUUCUUUCUGGAGAGAGGUCACAGAAGUAUUACAGUGUUUGUUCCCACAUGGAGGAAGGAGCAGCCCAGACCUGACGCUCCAAUAUCUGAUCGACACAUUCUAAUAGAGCUUGAGAAACAAAAAAUUGUAGUCUUCACUCCGUCACGCCGCGUCGGAGGGAAGCGAGUGGUCUGCUAUGAUGAUCGCUUUAUAGUCAAGCUGGCGUACGAGUCGGACGGUGUGAUCGUGUCCAACGACACCUACCGGGACCUGCAGGGUGAAAGACCUGAAUGGAAGAAAUGCAUCGAGGAGAGGCUCCUCAUGUAUUCAUUUGUCAAUGACAAGUUCAUGCCCCCAGAUGAUCCUCUUGGCCGCCAUGGUCCGAGUUUGGAUAACUUACUCAGGAAAAAGCCUCUGCCAGCUGAGCAGAAAAAGCAGCUCUGUCCGUAUGAUAAAAAGUGCACUUAUGGCAUCAAAUGCAAGUUCUUCCACCCCGAGCGGGUCAACCACUCCUACGUGUCGUUGGCCGACGAGCUGCGUGAGAAAGCAAACAUUUCCAAAGUGAGGGAAGCCAAAAUGUUACCUCAUUCUAUAUCUGAAGCCACACCUGGAAACAUUUUGCAACAAUCAAAACAGGAGCAGAACUGGUCCUCGCUUCCUGCUCAAGUCAGUGUAAACAAGAUCCUCCAAUGGGAUGACCCUGGAAGGGGUUCCCAACUCUGGCCGGUAGCAACGGACCCCCUGUGGCUGAAUCACGGUCACACCAACGUUGCGUAUGAGCAUUUGGAUUCUGGCCUCGGCUCCUAUGAAAGUCUGCUCUCCGACUGCGACUCCCAUAGAGUUUACUUACCUCACCGACAGCACCCUUGUCAGAUCGAUUUGGAGCAGUCUGGGGGCUGCUAUUCACCUGUCCCACCCUCACUGGCCUUUGGUUACUUCCCUGAGUCACAGGUCCCAAACAUGCCAGUUAACCACCGUAGCCUUCCAUCCCAGCUCCGGUACAGCGAAAAGUCUGGUCAUCAUCACUAUCAUUGGUCAAACCCCUUCCAAGGAGAGCGCCAAGUAAGAACGUCAUGUAGUCCUCAGUCAUCCACCCAAGCUCCAGAGCUGAGCAGCUUCAGCUGCUCCUCUGAUGGACAUCACACCUGGAGACAUCAGCCUCAGAGAAAGGAGGCGUUGGACCCACAGAGGCUGGAGCUUCGCCAGAAACUCCAUACUAUCUUCAACCCUCAUCAGGUGGAUGCGGUCAUGGAAAUGUUCCCUCAUUUGACUGAUACCGAGAAGCUCGCUGUAAAAAUCCUCAACUUCAAAGCUCAGGGAAGCUUUUACUGAGUCAGAAGAUAUAAGAAUAUGAGAUGCUUGAAGCGAUGGGCUUAUGAGGCUUCGUGAAACAGUCUCCUUCUUUUCAGAACCCCCCUAGAUGGCGCUCUCAGCUCUAAAAUAUUUGGGUUUGCUCAACCAUUCUAUUGAAAAUGUGCAUCAUUUAUGUACCAAGAUUCUACUGAACUGCGAACACAAGGCCACUGUUUCAUGAAGCUUCAUCUACCCAUCACUAGAUUAGCGUGUAUUUUAUUGUGUGAAACUCACACAAACUUGAUUUUGACAUUUGGCUUCAACUGUUGCAGUGUUUUUUGGGGCUUAUAGUGUAAGAGGAGGGAGUUUUUCUUCUUAGAAGACUUGGGUGUACAAUGUACAUCAUGAAUUAAAUCAGCUACAAUGAUGAGAAGAUAAAGGUGGUUGAAAAUGUAUCAACUAAUUCAUGAAUGGACAGAUGGACAAUGUGGUACAAAGGGUCAAAAACAUGACAAAAGUAAUAUUUCUGCAACAUCUUGUGCAGAGGUUUGUUUUGAAUUCCCAAGAAAACAUUUGCAAUAUGACUGCAUGGUUGAUAUCUAUAUAUUUAGCUAGCUGGAUGAUAAGGGUCACAGUUGGCACAAGGAAUCAUAUGCAUGGUUACGGAAGAACCUGGAUCACUUUCCCCAGUCUCAGUUGAAUAUUCAGAUUUUCCUUCAUAGUUACUAAACUGUUAACACAGAUUUUGCAAAAUAAGCUCAACAUACCAUCCAUACAGUAAGUUUUAUGGUUGGUUACUUAUUUGCCACUGAUUGUUUCUAUAUACUCCAUUCACACAACUGAAAGUGUGACUAACCUGGUCUCGAUAGAUAAGAAUGAUUCGACACAUGAUGUCUGUCUUGGAUUGUUGAGGCAGUGUUGUGUUGACUUAUGUAGAUCAACAGUCAAAAUAAAAUUCUAAGAAUUUGUGUAGAACUUUUGUAACCUGAGGUCAUUGGGGGACAAAGUGUCUCUAGAGUUAUGGUGAUAACCAACAUUUCUGAUACAUAUUGUGUCUAGUUUUUAUGCUUAAGAAAGUUCUCAUGUUGUAAGAAGUAUUAGGUUAGAGUUUUCUUUCAAGUUUUAGCGCGAGCGACAGUGUUUAAAUCAUGUAAUCACAAAUGCUACUGGAGAAUUAUCUAGCCACUGAGACUUCCUGUGAAUCGAGAAAUACUUCAGAAACAAAUGUAAAUUUAAAAA